CACACACACAGGCGCAGGACAGCAGCUGCAGUGUUGCCUCCUAGAUAGAGUGAGGAGGGAGGGGAGAGUAAAGGAAGAGGUGCACCGAUUUCCUCCAGCUGAGAACCCAGAUAUUGAAAUAACGGCAUUGCGGGAGUAGUGGUGCGUCCUCACCUGGCCAACUUACCGGAACUUCAUAAAAUCUCCGCUGUGGGUAUAUGUGUAGUAUAGCCUAUAUCUGCAGCACUUUUUCCUCGUUUUUAACAUCUUCAUCUAUAGUUCGGUGCGUUUAGAGUACUCCCUAUUAAGCAAGUUGGUGUGCGCAGUGACCGGAUGCUACCUCACUCAGGAGACACCCGGAUUUUGCUGCAUCCGCAAUGAUCUGAGUGUUACUCCGGAAAGUCGUGCAGCGUGUCCGUGGUGCAUUUUCCCACCCAAAUCUUCAGUUUUGUCUAUCUCAGAGGCUGCGCGCGCGCCAGCAUGGAGUGGCGGAGGUUCAGCACCGUGGACAGCGCCGGAGUUUUCCUCUGUCUCCUCUGCGCGCUGUCGGGGGUCUCGGUUGCGGCCGAGCAGGAAGUGGAGAAUCUGUCCGGUCUGUCUCCAAACCCGGACAAAGACAUUUUCGUGGUGCGUGAAAACGGCACGACUUGUUUGAUGGCAGAGUUCGCGGUGAAAUUCCUGAUCCCCUUCGAUGUCCUCGCGCUUAACGGAAUAGACUUGAUCACGGAGCAGGCGUCUCUCUCUCUCCCCCGCGGUGCGCAGAUCUCAGGCACGUGCGGAAGCAGCGAGGCAGAGCUGCACGUCUCCUGGAGCAAUAACGCCUACACGUUCCGCCUGUACUUCAGCAAGGAGAAACGCACCGUGAGGAGAGAUGGGAAAACGAAAGAGAGUGAAGUGUGGAAGAUAAGCAAGGUUCAGCUGGUUUAUGACACCUCUGAGACAACACACUUCAUCAACGCAUACAACCCGGGGAAACACACUGCCAGCACCCAUCAUCUCUCAGCCCUGGUGACGCCAGCAGGCCGCUCGUACUUAUGCACAGCUCAGCAGACCCUCACCCUCAUCUCCAGUGACCACCAGAAAGGCAUCACGGUCUCCAUGUCUGACAUCCAGCUCCAACCUUUUGACAUCAAAAGCGACUUUGUGUUCAGUGAACCAUAUAAGUGUAUCACAGACCAGCGUGAGCAGCUAGAGGAAGCUCUGCCUCUGGUGCUGGGGCUCAUCCUGGGCCUCAUCAUCGUCAUCACCGUCACUAUCUACCACUUCCACCUCAAACUGACGGCUCAUCAACCCCAGCUGCCCCGCGACCGCUCCCUCUACAAGCACAUGUAGAGACUCUCUAUGCACCGUGACCAAGGCCUGCCAUUAGGGGGAACAGACGAGAUCUGCAAACAUUUUACUCAACGCUUCUGGGAAAACGUGAUGAGUUUUUUCCAUCAUUGAUGUCCGCUGCCUAAUAGUCUGAUCCCUCGCAUUUGAGAUUGUUUUUUUUUGUUGUUGUUUUUUUUAAUUUAUGAUUUUGCUGAUAUGUUGAUGAUAAUGUCAUCUAAAAAAGAUAUAUAUUGACACAUUAAAAUCUUUCAUGUUGUGCCAUGUUGUAUCACUCAGUGUGAAUAGUGUGCAGAACUGAACUGAAGGUAUUUCUGUCCUGUUACAGUGACAGCAAAUACACCAGCAAGGUCUUUUAAGAUGAUAUGAUAUAUGAAUUAUAGUAUAAACACUUGAAUCAUGCAAAAUUUGUGUGCAAAAUUCUAUUCAACAAUAAACUAUUUUAUGUGUGUCCA